UGACUUGCUCUACGAUUAUAUUGCAGUGUAUCUAGCUUCAACACCUGCACUCGGCUCUAGAUCUCAAGUGAAAGUAAAAGUCUUGGCGAAAAUGGUCUUCAAAAUAUUAUAUUCAGCCCAGAACGGGUGUUGGUUACCAUCAAUGGAAUACCAAAAAACAUAUACGCCAGAUAAACGUAUACAAUCAUAAUUCGCUCCGCAUUCCCCCUAGUUGUUCCAUAUUGUGACAUGUUCCAUAUUAUACAGUUGGUUUUUUACAAUACAUGUUACCUGGUCAUAUCUUGACCGAGGCGUCCCUCGUUUCUUAAUGUUGGCUCCACUGGAUGGUGUUCAAAUCGAUACCCUCUUGGACAAGCUCCCACAGGGGGCUAAGCUCGCGCAAGAAAGUGACGCGCUCCUGGACAGCCUUCAAGACGUAGUCGAUUUCUUCUUCGGUGGUAAAGCGACCGAUGCCAAAUCGAAUACUGCUGUGGGCACUUUCGUCACUGUUGCCAAGUGCCCGCAGAACGUAGCUUGGUUCCAGAGACGCCGAGGUACAAGCGCUACCUGAGGAAAGAGCAAUAUCCUUCAGGGCCAUCAGCAGUGACUCGCCCUCGACAUAGGCGAAAGAAACGUUCACACAGCCAGGAUAAAACGCGUUGGCGUCACCGUUCUGUGUAGUAUGUUCCAUGGAAAGAAGACCACCGAGAAGUCGGUCAGAGAGCAUCUUGAUGCGCUUAGUAUCAUACUAGUUUGCCGGUUAGCUUUCAUUCUUUGAAAUGAUUCAUCAUGAGUGAAAUAGAAGAGGCAUUAUUGAAAUCAGAUAGGCUUUUGUGGUCGACAUAAAAGGCCUUGUCACGGGCAUUCAGACCAUGCAUGUAAAAGAAAAAGUAACAUCAUGUAAUGCAAAUGGGGAGUGAUCACAAGCAAUACUUACAUCCAUUUCUUGGCGAGCGAUGCGGCAAGCUUCGCCAAAGCCAGCGACGAGAGCAGGGGCGAGGGUGCCACUUCGCAGACCUCGUUCUUGGCCACCUCCGGUGAUGAUAGGAUCGAGUCUGACACGAGGGCGGCGUCGUACAUAGCAGGCUCCGAUACCUUUAGGGCCAUAGAUUUUGUGGGAUGAGAUGGACAUGAGGUCAAUGUUCAUUGCGUUGACAUCCAGAGGAAUCUUUCCCACUGCUUGCGCAGCAUCAGUGUGGAAAAAAAUCUUGUUCUCGCGGCAAAGUUUACCAAUCUCCUCAAUAGGUUGAAUGACACCGAUUUCGUUGUUGACCGUCAUGAUGCUGACAAGGGCAGUAUCAGGUCGAAUGGCCUCGCGUAAUGCGUCCAUGCUGAUUAAGCCAUUGUUCUCGACAGGCAAAUAUGUGACGUCGAAGCCUUCAUCUUGCAAAUGGCGGCAGCUAUCAAGCACACACUUAUGUUCAGUUUGAGAUGUGAUGAUGUGCUUCUUCUUGCCAGAUCGGCCAAAGAAGCGAGCGACGCCUUUGAUAGACAUGUUGUUACUCUCGGUAGCACCGCUAGUAAAUAUAAUUUCCUUUGAGUCGGCUCCAAUGAGCUUGGCUACCUCCUCUCGGGCGUCUUCGACAGCUUUCUCGCUUUCCCAGCCAUACGCGUGUGUGCGAGAAUGGGGGUUGCCAUACACGCCAACAUAGUAUGGGAUCAUAGCAUCGAGAACUCGGGGAUCCACUGGUGUGGUAGAUUGCAUGUCGAGAUAGAUUGGCCGUUGGCCUUCCUCCAUAACGGCAGCUUGCUUAAGUACAUCUAGUUUGGGUGCGGUUAGCGAAGAAAUUUCCAAAUUGCAAGAUAGGGGCAAACAUACCAGCCAUGGGACUGACUUUCAUAUCUGAGAGAGAUUCUAGCGGCGAGGAUGGGAUAUCAGCGAAAGCCUUCGCAUCCAGUUUCACCGCCGUCUCAACACGAGCAUUGUCAGGCUUCGUCUCUGUCACGUAUUUCCUUGUUGAGCUGAACACGGGCGCUAAAGUAGCUUUCUUGAGCGCCGGCAGCCUGGAAACAGAACAUCGAGUCAGCCUGCAUGCUGACCGCAACGCGCUUGAUGAUACGCUAGCCAUGGUUGUGAUGGAGUUGAUGCAGAGUUGGUAAAAUGCACGGAGUGGACAGAGGGAGAAGCUGUGCAGAAACUCCGCUGCGAGAAAUUAUUGCUUCCCACUGGGAAAUUUGUUUAGGUCAGCAAAGUCGGCUCGGUGGCUCGGCGAUAAGUGGGCUCCAUGGAUAGCCAAACGAGGGCAUUUGAUUGGCCACCCGGGGGCAUAUUGAAGGCACACCGGAAUAUUUAUGCCUGAGGCGGCGUACAAGUCGACAAACCGUUCUUAUACGGUUAAGAAGGAUGCCCGUUGAAUAAAUUAAAUAAAACUUAAUUUAAUAACAAUUUUAUUUUCCGUUUAACGUUUAUCCUUUUAAUAUUAGGGCUGUGAUAUGUAACACUAAGAAAACGGUGCGCCACAUGUCCGGCACAGCCACGAACUACGUCGUCAUCAGCGGCAGCUCCGCCAAAGCUGCGAACAGCCGUGGCCUUGAUUUCUCGCAAGUUCUUAGGUUGCCAGUCCGCUGCAUCCACCAUCUUCCAGCCAUCGGGCAUUGAUCCAAGGUUGCAAAGCAGCUCACCAUAUCCAAACUCGAUUCUCAUCUUUUAUAAACAAAAUGAGUUUCAAAGGCUUAACCAAAAGUCUGACGCGCGCGCCGCAACAAUUCAAAUCCAAGUUCAACAUAGGAGAACACACCAAAGAUGCCGUGUAUAUCGACGCAGAACGACGAUUCCAAGAGUUGGAGAAGGAAACCAAGAAGUUACACGAUGAGUCGACCAAGUAUUUCAAGGCCAUCAACGGCAUGCUUUCACAUCAGAUCGGCUUCAGUCAGGCUAUGACUGAAAUCUACAAGCCUAUAUCUGGACGCAUGUCAGACCCGGAUUCCAUGAAAAUUGAAGGAAGCCCAGAAGGCAUUCAAGCCUGCGAGGAGUAUGAAGCAGUCGUCAAGGAGCUUCAGGAAACCAUGCGCCCAGAGUUAGAAAUGAUCGAAACGCGUGUCAUCAGACCAGCUAAUGAGCUGCUCGAUAUCAUCAAAGUAAUUCGAAAAACUGCUGUGAAGCGUGAGCACAAGAAGCUCGACUACGACCGACACCGAGCUACAUUAAAGAAAUUGGAGGACAAAAAGGAACGCUCCGCGAAGGAUGAAAAGGCACUCUGGAAAGCUGAGGGCGAUGUCGAGCAAGCAACACAAGAUUUUGAAUAUUUCAACGACUUAUUGAAGGACGAACUACCGAAGUUGUUCAAGCUGGAACAGGAGUUUAUUCAACCUCUUUUCCAAUCCUUCUACUACAUGCAGUUAAAUAUCUUCUAUACAUUGCACGAGCGCAUGCAGAGAUGCGAUAUCGGCUACUUCGACCUCACUCGCGAUAUCGAAGAAGCAUUCAUCGAAAAACGAGGAGAUAUUCAGGAACAAGUCGAGGCUCUGUCGAUCGUACGCUUCAAGACCACAGGACAACGACGACCACCUCGAUACACACGUCCAGCACUUGAAGGCGGUAAACAGCAAGGCCUACUUACAGCUGGCCCAGGCUCGACAGCAUCAGCAGGUUCCCAGUCUCGAUACGCAGCAGCUCGCAAACCUGCUGCCGCACUCACCGCGGCAGCAAGCUCGGAACCGGCAGCCCCGCCACCAUAUUCCGCUGGAUCCUCGAAUAUGUCACUUGUUGCUGCGGCGAAGUCGAAACCUCCACCACCUAAGCCUAAGCCCAGUCGCCUGGCUGGCACUAAAACCGCGGAAAUGGUUACAGCAUUGUACGAUUUUGCCGCACAGGCAGAGGGAGAUUUGAGUUUCUCUGCUGGUGACGUAAUUGAAAUUGUACAGAGGUCACAAAAUGAAAAUGAAUGGUGGACUGGAAAACUAAACGGAAAACAAGGCCAGUUUCCUGGAAAUUACGUGGAACUAAACUAGACCACAUUAGAUUUGUUAUAAGUCAUUUUUACCAGCUGAUUAGUCAAUCCAGUUAGGCUUCUGGGUCUGUCACUACAACUCGUUAUGGCGGCGCAUACUGUGUGGAUUGUCUCGCUUUUUGCAUAGAAUUGAGCAAGUGUGGGCGCAUGCUGUAAUGCCUCUCCUAGAGAAAAUUAUAUUAUAUGGAAUAUCAACUACUGUAAUCUUUACCUAGUACUAUCUACCGUC